GCCCUCUGGCGGUCAGUUCAGGAAUCUCCAAGUAGCCCAACCCCCUGCGGGAGAGAUAAUGACCGUAUGCACAGGAGCUGUCAUGAGGAAUUUGCUGUGUUUACCCCAAGACCACAGCUACCCCGAAGCAUACCGGACAGUUGGAAGUUGUUCGAGGACUCUAAAGUGAAGACAAAGAUUCGAUGCUUCCUUCAUCGUACGUUCGUAUACAGAAAUACUUUAUAGAUAAAGACCGAAUGUGAAGUUGAGCGGGUUCCAUGGUGUCUGUUUUUUCUCAUGUAAAAUAAAUACAAAAGACACUCCCCGUCUUUUCACAUCGCUGCUUGUCUGCCGAGCGGAACGCUCGCAUUGGCCGUUUCCUGCCGGCGCCCCACUCAUCGAAGAGAAGGCAAGGAAGCGGAAUGGCCGAGAAUAGCUGUGAUAUCAGCGGACAAGACUGCAGGAGGUGUCCGGUUCUGUCUUCCCCGAGUGGUAAACCCCCAACAUCUUUUAACGGAACAUCGAAAUGGGUCCGUUUGAAUGUCGGUGGAACGCAUUUCCUAACAACACGACAGACCCUCUGUCGGGAUCCGAAGUCGUUUCUAUAUCGACUCUGCCAGGCGGAUCCCGAUCUGGACUCGGAUAAGGAUGACUCUGGGGCAUAUCUGAUUGACAGAGAUCCUGUGUAUUUCGGGCCUGUGCUCAACUACCUGAGACAUGGAAAGCUGGUGCUGAACAGAGACCUUACAGAGGAGGGGGUCCUGGAAGAGGCCGAAUUUUAUAACAUCACAUCGUUAAUUAAACUCAUCAAAGACAAGAUCAGAGAACGAGACACCAAAACCACACAGCUGCCUGUGAAGCAUGUCUACAGGGUGCUGCAGUGUCAGGAAGAGGAGUUGACUCAGAUGGUCUCCACCAUGUCCGAUGGCUGGAAGUUUGAACAGCUUGUCAGUGUAGGUUAUGGGCGGGCCCAGAAGUCAGAGUUUCUGCUGAUUGUGUCUCGGGAGGUGAUGGGGGAGGAGUCUGUUCACCCUGCCAAAAGGGGAGAGCUGGUCAGCAUUGGCUCCUCCUACAACUAUGGCACAGAGGACCAGGCUGAGUUCUUAUGUGUCGUCUCCAAGGAGCUGCACAAUCAACCAUACGGCCCUAACAGCCAGCCAAGUGAGAAAGCAAAGAUUUUACAGGAACGUGGCUCCAGAAUAUGAGCGCAGGUGCCUGUCACAACUGAAACAUGCAAACACAUAUCAGCUUCCCCGUAAAAUAUAUCAGCGCACGUGAAAAACACGCCAUGAACACGAGCCAGAACAUGCCAAGGACACGCCCAAAAACCCAGGGACACACAAAACAUAUCAGCAAGCCGACAGCAUGUCACCAUCCCACAGAGGACAAAGCAAGAGGAAUCCUUGCUCCUGUCCAGUGUUUCUCCUGUUCACUUGACUGUAAACAUUGACCUGUAAAUACCAAGGGAGGGGGGAGGAGGUUUCCUCUAGGUGCCUGUUCAACUGGAUUUAUUAUUUCUUUUUUUGGGUGGGGGGUUGGUAGGGGGGAGGGUCUUGCUGGCUAGAUCAGGGCCUGUGUUCAUCAACCAUCUCAGCAUGGAAAGCACAGAUGUGGAUUAUCGUAACCUUAACGUCUCCUCAUCCAACAUGCCCAUAUUUUAACCUUGCUAAUUAUCAGUGCUUUGUCCCUUGAGAGGCUUCAUGAACAACAUUCCAGGGAUCACAAGCUGGGAACAGACAGAUUGUCCAGCUUUCUUAGAAUCAUUCUGUUGUUUCUCAUGGAUAGCAUACAACUGUAUGUUAUAUCAUUAUGCUUGGUUAGCACGGUAGCUAGCUGGCUAAGUUUGUUUGGCCUGCUGUAGUGGAAAUGAGUUUAAUAUGCUGUUUAGGGCUGCUCAUGGGCAUUUGGCUCACAUGAGAAGGAGGAAGUGUUAGCCAAACAACAGAAGAGAUUUGUCAAGCUUGCUGCCUCAUUGUUGAAACAAGCUCAUAGCACCAGGGCUCAGAUCACUGCUCAGCGACAGGCUUUAGUGGUCUGUAUUGUGAGUACAUUUGCUGCAGUGCUUCUGUUGAUCAAGCUAUUGGGAGCAGUGGCAGGCUGUUGUACAGAAUAUUAAUUGUUAGUAAUUAAAGACAAUCUUUGGUCUUCUUGAGCCCCUCGAACUUUAGCAUUGUGGCUAUUUCAAGUGCCACCAGCAGACUGCCGUGCCCUAUAAAUAGUAUUUUGUACAUACAUUUAACAUAUUUUAAGGUAAUUUUGCUGCAUAGAUUACCUACAAAUGAUAUCACAUGAACUUCAAGUUAAUCUACAUAUUUGAUAAGAAACACAUGACCAUUCAAGUGGUCAGCCUUUAAGAGUUACAUAGUUUAAUUACUGUUUUGUUUACAUAUGUAAAUACUGAUAAUAAAAGGGACCAUGAUCAGCCAAUAAUUAUCUCUUAGUAACUUGUAUUGUGAGGAGGAAAAGAAGGAAAAGAUAAAGUUGGUGCAUGUGUGACAGACUAAAUGCCUGAGUAGAUUUUAGAAAGUGGUUGAUGGAAACUGAGGGGUAGGUAUCAAAUUGUGUUUAAUCAUGGAUGGUAUUUCGAGACUAGUCGUGUAGGACUAGACUAGAAAGGGGUGGUAUGUCAGUGAGUCUGUGCGCGGGAAAGAGAGAAGAGGUGUUUUUUUUCUGUAGUUCUUAUUGGUUUCUGGCAACAACAAAAAAAGGUAAAUGUAUAUCAAUGUUUUUCACUUCCAUAUAGACUCUCUGUCUCUUGUGAGUGUCACACGGGGUGCACUAAAUGCACUACACACACUUAGCACGUCACAAAAAUAUUCCACUCACAAUUUAAAUCAGACUACAUGCCCCAUUUCCGAGGACGGCUUACCCCGCUGUAAUGACUGUUUGUACAUAACUUUUCUAUGUAUUGAAACAUACCAAACUAUCCUCCAAUGAUUUAAGCUGAAUGUCUGUUUUAUAUAUUCAGGCAAAAAUGUAGCUGCACAAAUGGACUGUUAUGCUAUAAACAAAUUUCCACAUUG